AUGUCAAACUGAAGUGAUUAACAUCAUAAAAAGGUGAUUGACACCAUGCUGAAGUGAUUGGCAUAAUACAUUAUUGACUGACUACCCCAUAUAAAUGAGUAAUAUCACAUUAGAGUGGUUAGCUUAAUGAAGUGAUUCUUGAGACCAUUUCUUUAAUAUGACCCUUCAAUCAACCUAAAGUACAAUGUACAAACACUAGACAGCUAGUCAAAUGAGCCAACUUAGAACAAGGCAUUUCUCCACCUAAUGAAGGCUUUUACAAGACGAGCUAGAAAGCUAGAGCAAACAGUCUCAUUUAUCCAUAUAUUUACGACAGGUGUUUAAAUGGUUUAUGGAGCUCAUUAAUGUUAACAUAUUAUCGCAAACUGAAGAUUGAGGAAAAAGCGAUUUGUCAAGCUGGCUGUGAAUAACAGUGUAAAGUAAACUUAAUACAACAAAGAGUAUGGGGAUUAUGCAAAAAUGAACAACCGCACCAAUCUAUCAUAACACGUAUGGAUUAAAUGUUAGAUGCGGCAGUAAUCAUUUGUUGGCAAUAUCUAUGCUGAAUACCGCAAAAGAGACACUUUAAUGGAUAGCGGGGGAUGAAGUGAAAAGCUCUUGGAGGAUUAACAAUGUAACGUUAAGUAUACAUGAUAUAUCGUCACAAAUUAACGUUCAUAAUAUACCUGUACAUUAACAUUCAAGGACAACUCAUUGGGAAAUUACUGAAAUAACUUCAUUGAAGGUACAAUUGAAAAACUGCAUGGAGUUAAAAAUUCCUGAACUUAGCGAAAGAAACAAAAGAAAAAACAAUCGAAAUGGCUAUUAAUCAAUCGGAGAAUAAAAUUAAGAUAUUUGCAUCUUUAGGCCAAUAAAAAAAAUUAAGAUGGGAGAUACGCUGCAUGUAAAACCUGUCAAUGGGAAUAAUCAAAGCCUACCAUGGAAUAACAUUACAACUGGUGGAAAAGAUGAAAUCAUGGCAGCCAAUCCGAUAUAUAAAAUUGAAGACAUCCAAAGAAACUCCACAUUGGUGUCCAAUGAGACGAGUGCCAUGGAAACAGUGGCUGAAAACAACUGGGCAUACCUAAUAUGCAUCGUCAUAGUAAUAGCAGCCAUCACAGGUAACCUGUUGGUUGUCUUGGCAGUGAGGCAUGAAAGGAAACUUCAGACAAUGUUUAACUAUUUUCUUGUUUCCCUGGCGAUCAGUGACCUAACAACAGCUAUAGCAGUCAUGCCUAUAGCCAUACUAAAAGAUUUCUUAGGGUAUUUCCCACUUCCAACCCAAGUGUGCGUCGUGUGGUAUUGCCUCGAUGUCUUCCUCACAUCUGCCAGUAUAAUACACAUGUGCGUCAUAUCAGUAGAUCGCUACUUCUCGCUACGCUACCCAUUAAAAUAUGGAAGGACAAAACGCAAACGCUAUGUGAUACUUAAGAUAUUCAUUGUGUGGGUACUAUCCUUUUUUAUUGCUGGACCCCCAUUUAUUGUAUCUUAUAUUCUACAGAUUGACGUGUCUGAUUAUAAAGGAUGUGGCCCUGAGACACCAUUGUAUAUCGUAUUUAGUUCCAUUGCUUCAUUUUAUCUUCCAUUAUUUGUGAUGUCAUUCACAUAUCCAAUGACGAUCUACGCACUGAACAAGCAGAGAAUACUUGUAUCUUCAAAGCAAACAAAAAAGAUGGAGCGUCUGAAUAAAAAACAAAUGAAAGUAUCAGCCGCUUCAAAAUUUCUUGUACAGAAUGUAGCAUAUAUGGAUGUUAAUCGUGGAAGCCUAAAAAAUAAACGCAAUGGUGCUGAAAAUUUAAACAGCUCAUUCACCGAUAUUACAGGAGACGCAAUGGGGAACAUAAUGGACCAAUCUUGUCCAGCAAUUGGGUCGUGCCCUGAUCUAAGCAUAACAUGUGAAAAUGAAGCAACUAGCACAAGUAGCAAUACAGAUAAUAUGACAGUGUCUGAAGAUACUACCAAUAUUGAUAGUACUAUAACUCCUCAAGCUAACGAAGCACUUGGUCUUCCUAAGAGGAGGCUCACUAAAGCUUUUUCAUGUACAGACUUCGCAAGAAUUGCUUCAGCCAAAAAAAUGUAUGCUGAUUCAUGGAAUGAUCUAUCUGAGAAACAGGAAAAGGCAUCAAGAUCUAGAAAUGUAUCUUGGCUACAUAGAAAUUUCUCACAAACUGGUGACAAAUAUAAUUCAGAUGCUUAUAUUCAACAAACCAGGACUCCGGGCAGUAAGAAAAGAGGAACAGCCUCCUUCCGUAGAGCACUCUUUGCCCACCAGAUGCAAACCAAUGGAAAGAUAGGAGGAAUACAUGAUAUACCAGCUAUACAUAUCGAAUCUAACUCUCCUUGCGAAAGUUUUCAGCAUAUCCAAAAUGCUUCCCCUAAAAAUCUACACCAGAAGCCAAACAGUUUGAGCAUAUCAGAGAAAAGUUUUGAUCGCAACAUAAUGAAAAGUUUAAAAAGUUUAAGUUUAUCAGAUAAACAGGAAAUAAGUUUGAGUUUAACUUCUCUUAGUUCAACAGAUGGCUUAAGUGAUCUAUAUAUCAAUGAUUCAAUGGCUUUGUCUUCAUCAUCUCUAGCAUCUUCUGUACACGAGAGUGAUUUACAGGAGACGCCCAAUCAUGAUUGGUAUGAAUGGAAGUAUGGAGCUUCACCAGGUGAGUUCUUCAAGUCAGCUGCAUUGACUGUGAGAAAGCAAAUCCAAUGCGGAAAUGUGUUUAUGGAUAUACUACAACAACAACAGGAAGAACAGAAAAAUCUUAAAGAAAUCCAGCGUAAAAAUGAAGCUGCAGCUAAACGAAAUAAAAAACAUAACCAUGCAAACACUAAACCAAACUCAAUCACUUAUCUUAAAGAAGUGCAAAAGAGGAAAUCAAUCAAACUGAAGAAACACAUGCUUAAAGAAAAACGAGCUUCACAAGUGCUUGGGAUUAUGUUUGGCAUCUUUGUGCUUCUAUAUAUGCCAUUCUUUGUGACAUAUGUGAUCAGUGGUGUAUGCUCCAAGUGUAGACAGCAGCUCACCCCUCUAAUGGUAACUACAUUUGAGUGGCUGGCUUGGACAGCAUCGGCAGUAAAUCCAAUCAUAUAUCAAAUAUUUAACCCUGAAUUUAGAAAUGCGUUCAGGAAAAUACUCAAAUGUCAAUGUAAUACUCUAUCCAAUGGUUUCAAAAAGAUCAAUUUUAAACCAAGGUCUUGGUAAUUAAAUUGCAACAGAUCAGUACAAUGUACCACAUAUUAAACCAAGAAUUUAUGUCACUAUCUGCAACAAACAAUACAGUAAACCAAAACGUUUAAGUCACUAUUUCAAAGUGUUAUUGUAAUAUACAUCAAAUUUAACGAAGAAUUUAUGUCACUUUAUAUAGCAGUGUCAUUGAAACUUCUAUCCACAGUUUAAUUGUAAUAUACAACAUAUUAGACUGAGAAUUUAAUGCACAUUAUUUUCAAGCAGACUUACAUAGUAAGGGGGGGGGGUCCAUACUUUGAGGACACCCUGUAGAAUUGAUGUGUUAGUGUUGCAUAGUUAUUAUAUAUUGGCGAUUUCAGUGUGUAGCCUUAUCAACCUUGUUGAUGGAAUAACAACUGUUUCAAAUUGAAACCAUAAUUUGGGGAAUUUAGGGAAAAUGUUAUUUAUUAAAUUUAAUGAAACUUAAUAACAAUAUAAUGUAAUAAUAACGCAUUAUACACUUUGGGGUUGCUAAUGUCUUUUACUUAACUGAACAUUAUAUUAAACAACAAUAAUGUACAUCUUGAAAGUAACCUAUGUUCAAUUUUGACAUGGGCUAAAACUUCUGGAAGAU